CAGCGCCGACGUUUGUCGGCUGUCGGCGCAGGAAAGCAAGGAUGGCUGGUGGAAAACCCCAAUCUCCUUGUUUCCCUUGACACCAAUUCGAUCGCGCUCGCCAACCGCUCAUCGAUCUUCAUCCUCAAUUGGUCUCAAUCGAUCAACGGCGGAUCCGAUACCGACCCAAAUCGGGCCUCAAAGAUCAUACCAGAGCUCUCCCCGAUCGAGGCCGAGUACAUCUCCGCCGUUGAGUGGCUCGUCUUCGACGACGACAUCCGAGUUCUCGCCGUCGGCACCUCUUGUGGUUAUCUUAUGAUUUUCUCGAUCCACGGUCGUCUCAUCCUCAGACAGAUCGUGAACCCGGCAAAGAUUCUUAAGAUAAGGGUCCGUGGGAUUAAGCAAGACCUGACACAAGAUACAUCGUCAGAGGAGGUUUGCGUUGUAAUGCCUGGUGUAGUUGCUCAGUCUGCUGCAGCAGGUGGUUUCAAGAAUCAGGCUCACAGGGUUGGAUCGGAUUUCAAUAUGUUUCAGGAUAAUUCUGGGAAUGAGUUAGGAAGAGCCUUCCUUACCAACUAUGGAAAU